CUCCCAUUGGCCAGACGCGUCUUGUUGACCACAACGUACCUUCUGCGAGAGGAGCACAACUCAACGCAUUACCCACGACACCUACAUACUAUUUUGCGCCGGCCGAACUGUCACGUCUUCGCUAGCUCUGCGUCUGUAAGGGGUCUCACCACUAGUCGCUGGGCACUGUGAUAGCGUUCCAGCACGUCACACGAUACUCCGUAGUUGACAACGACCUCCUGUGCGUCGCAACAGCCCCAAUCGAUCUAGAGUAGUUGCCCGCCCGCCACAACAACUUGUUACACAGCCAAGUGACGUGGACGCCAGCGAAUUAUUGAGCAAAGCGCCAGCGCACACAAUCAAUCCAAGCUGGUCUCCGCCCCUGCAGGCGACCGUUAAACAUGUCUUCCACCCCUCCGAAAAGAGAGGGCGUGGAACCUGCUCAGUCGCCUGACGAGGAGCACCCCAUGGAUAGGAACGCUGAGGAAGCACAAGUGCAUGGACUCGGGUACGAAUUCGAAGUCAAGGAACAGGAUCGAUGGCUUCCAAUCGCCAAUGUCGCCCGAAUCAUGAAACUUGCACUGCCCGAGAACGCCAAAAUUGCAAAAGAAGCAAAGGAAUGCAUGCAAGAGUGCGUGAGCGAGUUCAUCUCGUUCAUCACCAGCGAAGCAUCCGAAAAGUGCCAGCAAGAGAAGCGCAAGACGGUCAACGGCGAGGACAUUCUCUUCGCUAUGACAUCCCUCGGCUUCGAGAACUACUCGGAAGCGCUAAAGAUCUACCUCUCUCGGUACCGCGAAACCCUCCUCGCAAAUCAGAACAAGCCAUCUACCGGGCAGUACAAUGCAGCCGGGGCCAGCGGGCCCAACGCAGGCCCGGAGAAUGCCCAACAUGUACUGAGCGGCGACGCCGACAUGAACGAGGACGGCAGCACCGCCUUCGGCUACACCGUUCACAACGGAAACGGCUCCGCCGAGUACUAGAAGUAUCCCGAGCUUGUGAAUUACGGGCAGUGGGGAUAUCUUUUGGCCGGCAGAGUAAGCGAGCACUACGUAGGAGUGACGUGGGAAGAGGAAGAGAAUUGGAAUCAGAGGCUCAAUUUGGAUCGAAAGGAGUGAGUGGUUUAUUGGUGGGUCAAAAACUGCGAGAUGCAAAACAGCUCGUGAUUUCUGACCGUUGGAAUCGUGCUAUGGAACAGUGUAUGCUAUGGUUGGUUAGGCGGG